AUGCUCAAAGCAAAUGGAAAACUUCAACCGUAUUGGAUGUCAAUGCUUCGAGUGUGGCUCGAGUCAUUGCAGGUGGCGUUCGAAAAAGACGUAGAGAAGGGCUCUCUGGAUGCGGUCACAGGAUUGCCAGUUAAAGGGAAGCCGAAACCGGCUCCUGAAUCCCUGAUUGCUCGACGUCUAAUCUGCUCCUAUGGUCGCACAUUCAACUGCACCGGUCGGAUCGGUCACAUCAAAAUGGUCGAGAACGGAAUAAUUCGACCAGAGAGCUUUUACAAUUACCUGACUGCAUGGUACAACGUUGACAACAUGAUGUACUAUGUAUCACAAGCAUCAUUCCAACCAGUGCCUCCCAUAUGGCAAAUGGGACCGGGGGACGGUGUCGUUCCACCAGCUCGUCCGCUGCUCUACUGCCAGAUUCCGUUCUACCAGACCAAUCUCACUGACACACCUGUUACAGUGAGUAUGAUCGAGGAAGUUCGUGCUGUGUGUGACCAGUACACGAAUAAAGGCCUUCCCAACUUCCCCAACGGUCUUGCUUUCACCUUCUGGGAACAAUAUCUCUUCUUGAGAUGGAAUCUUUUCUGCGCUAUUUGUAUCAUCGCAUUCGCUGUAUUUGCCGUUAUCUCACUGCUCAUGUUCAACCCAUGGGCAGCCGCAAUGGUGAUGGUGAUCGUUGUAAUAGUCACAAUCGAAUUGGGUGGAUUCAUGGGAGUGUUUGGCAUUAAAAUGAAUCCGAUCUCUGCUGUUACCCUGAUCUCAGCUGUAGGCAUAGGUGUCGAGUUCACGGCUCACGUCGUGUUAGCCUUCUUGACUUCACUGGGGUCGGUAGACGAUCGUCUUGAAUCAUGUCUGCAGCACAUGUUUGUACCGGUGUUCCACGGUGCUAUAUCAACCCUGCUAGCUCUGUUGGCAGCUUGUUGA